UGCGCAGGCCCUCGGAUUGAUACCGGCGCAAUGCAUGAUGGUCCUUCCUUUCUCUCCGAGGCCAUAUUGGAGUUAUCUCACAGUUGGCCGGUCAGGACUUAACCGCAAACAUGGUGGCCGCUAAGAAGACGAAAAAGUCCAUGGAGUCCAUCAACUCCCGACUCCAGCUGGUGAUGAAGAGUGGCAAAUAUGUCCUGGGCUACAAACAGUCGCAGAAGAUGAUCCGGCAGGGAAAAGCCAAGCUGGUCAUCCUGGCCAACAACUGCCCUGCUCUCAGGAAAUCUGAGAUUGAGUAUUACGCCAUGCUGGCCAAGACUGGUGUCCACCACUACAGUGGAAACAAUAUUGAGCUUGGCACAGCCUGUGGCAAAUACUACAGGGUGUGCACAUUGGCUAUCAUUGAUCCUGGUGAUUCUGACAUCAUCAGGAGUAUGCCAGAUCAGCAGCAGCAGGCUCAGUAGAACUGUUUCCCCGCCCCCCUUGUCAUAAAUAAAGUCUGAGUUAACAGUU